CCAGAUUGCCAGAUUGGGCCGAGCAGAUUCGGUUUCGGUUUGGAUUCACUCUUGCUUCUGCGCUUCUUUGCCUUCUGCGAGGCUCACCUCCGUCUCUCUCUCUCCAACUCCCAUGUCCUUCGCCCACUAGCUCGCACUGCCAGCUUUUUCCCUGGCAAUGCUCCCCUUGACAUGUUUGCUCCUUCCCCCAGUACCCAGAACGCUGUCGCUACCCAUUAUGUCUCUCUGUCAACCAAUCACCAGCGGCCCCAGCAGCAGCCGCAGGCCCCCAAGAGUCCUAUCAACGUCGUUGGCAUACCCUCAGUCCAUAUACAAAACAACAGGCUUGUCGUCGGCUCCUCCCAGAGCAGUUCGACACGCUCGUAUACGCCCAUCAAGGUUCUUGGCGAUGGCUCCUUCGGCACCGUAUGGCUUUGCGAUUGGCAUGGGACCCUCCCUCCCAAUACCCCACUUUCCCCUAUGCAAUGUGGGGCUAGCGCGCGUGCACAGUGGGCUGGUAAGCGUUUGGUAGCAGUAAAACGCAUGAAGCGAAGAUGGGAGGGCGGCUGGGACGAGUGUCAGAAACUCAAGGAACUUGAGUCGCUCCGAGCAAUACCGUUCCACCCCAAUAUUAUUCCCUUGUACGAUUUCUUCCUUCUUCCUGCUACCAAGGAACUCUAUUUCGUAUUUGAAUCCAUGGAAGGCAAUCUCUACCAUCUCAUCAAGACCCGCAAAGGCAGGGCUCUUGCUGGCGGCCUCGUCUCCUCCAUUUUCCGCCAGAUCGUCUCCGGCUUGGACCACAUACAUACUUCUGGUUAUUUUCACAGAGACAUGAAGCCAGAGAAUGUCCUCGUCACUACCACUGGUCUCUUCGACUAUACACCUCUGUCACCGACUGCUCCCCCAAAUGCUCCUCCCGAAAAGGACGUGGUGGCUAUCAUCAAACUUGCCGAUUUUGGACUUGCCAGGGAAACAAAGUCUAAGCCUCCGUAUACCGAAUAUGUCUCCACGCGAUGGUAUCGCGCACCCGAGGUUCUCCUACUUAGCCGAGAUUAUUCAAAUCCCGUUGACAUGUGGGCGCUUGGGACUAUCAUGGCCGAGCUCGUUAAUUUGCGGCCCUUGUUUCCUGGACAGGAUCAGGUAGACCAGGUGGCGCGGAUAUGUGAAAUCCUCGGCGAUCCCAGCGAUGAGUAUGGACUCGAUUCCUCCCACAGUCCGAUGGGCGGAGGUGCAUGGCCCAAAGGGAUUAAAAUGGCGAAGGACGUAGGGUUCAAGUUUCCCAAGACUGUGCCCAAAGACAUUCACACUCUUUUCGAGCGUACAGUACCCUUGUCUUUAAUCCACUGUAUUCGCGACCUUCUCCGGUACAACCCUGAUACCCGGUUAACUAGUCGGCAAUGCCUUCACCACCGCUACCUCCAGGAGACAACUCCUCGUAAUAACAUUCCCCUUCCUCCAGGCAUUUCUGUAUGUACUUCGAUACCAAUCGACUCCGUUCCUCAACGAAAUGGAGUUUCAUCGUCCCCAUCACGCACUGCUCCCGCUUCUCACCCUUAUUCGACCUCUCACCUUCAACCUGUCCCCCCAGUAGCUUCUGCUUCCACUUCGCAUCGUAUCCCUAUAUAUGCUCCCGUUCCUCUCUCCCACAGCUCGUCAAAUACCGAUGUUCACAUGCACCAUACUCCUUCCCCACACUCCUCGGGUGUCAUUCAGGAAGAAACCAGAAGCCAUAUUUCCACUUCUUGGGCGGCUUCGUCUUCUGUCGACAAGGACUACCCAAUGGACAUCACUCCCAGUGCAGAGAUAACAGAUGACCCUAUGAGCAAUGGUCAGCCGAUGGAUGUCAGUGGCUCUUCUCCUGUUGCACCAGAGUUCCCCACAAACGGCGCUACACAACCGGGUCACAAGUUACCCAAGCCUUUCGGCCUUGGCUUUGGGAGAAAGCAUACCAAGUGGAGUCUCUUCGGUGGUGAUAAGCAUCAUGCCUUACCUCCACUUCACGAAAAUCCACCUGUACCACUCGGCGCAUCUACCUCGACGCCUUCGCUCAAGCGGCAACAGUCUUCCAGUUCAGAUGGCAGGUCAUUGCGAGAGCCAUCACCAACGCGUGACAACGCUCGCAUCGCGGACAUGAAGAAGAUGAACAAAAAGGAGGCAGAGCGGUUACACCGAGAAGCCGAGAAACAGCGUCGCGCGCUUGCGGAGAAGACGCAUCGUGACCAAGCGAGAGCUGUCAUGCAGAAACGUAACCAGAUUGUGCAGAAGACCACGGGUAAAGAUGAUAUCGAAUGGCUGGCUGGUUCCCAGCAGCGCCUCGACUUUGAAGAGAAGGGGAAGCAAGCUGCAACGGGCCCGAUAAGGCAGGCGGCUGUCCACGGUAAUGGUACAACACCAUCAAUCACGGUGAAUGCUGCGUCAGGCAGGUUCGCGACUCAGGUCGUCGAGCAGCCUGUAGCGAGCAGUUCGGGAGACUGGCGAAGGGUGGAAAACGACCGCUUAACCAAGAUUCGGAGACGAGACCUAGACGACGACCAUUCGAUAUCUUCGUCGGACGUUCACAGUGGCCGGAAUUCCUCUAUUUCAUAUACUACGGUGGAUAGUGACCCCGGACCAUCAUCAAGAACGCGAAAUCGGCCAAGUAUAUUUGGAUUAAACCGGAUGACAUCUACAUCUUCAUUGCGAACAUCGUUCGACGACUUUGCCUCAUCAGCGCGGUCGUCAAACUCGUUCUCCCUGGAUGGUCAACUAGCCAACGAUUUCCGGGCGCGUGCGACAGUCAAUACUGAGACGCCGCCGCCGUUGCAAAUAUCAUUGUCACCAUCGUUAUCACCAUCACUGCCCCCAUCUCCCGCUUGGAUGCAAGCCCCUCCGCACAGCGAGAACUUGUCAUCACGGCGGGGGCAAGCCCCUCCUUUCAUUAAUAUGCCCCGGCCUACUCAUCCCAUACAAAAUAAGCCAUACAACCCCUACGAAUAUUCGGGCCAGCUGCACGGGCACACGCCGAGUCCCGGGCACUUGAACAAAUCCGAAAUCAACCCGAUAUUCCAAGUGGUGAGUUACAAAUGGGAUGAGGGAGGACUAGAGCCUGAUGAUAUUGUUUCUGGUGACUUCACUCAGCCCCCGAUCCUCCCGCCUCCUCACCCUCCACCUCUUGACGGUCCAAUGGACGAUCGAUUAUCUUCCUCUUCCCCCACUUCCUUGCCACCCUUCUCCGAACUCGACGCAGUUGCUGGAGGAGGAUACGAUUAUCCACCCCUUUCCCCGAUGUCUUUCACGACACCUUCAGAAGAUGGAGGUUGAGCCUCACAACGCCGCCGGUUGGCGGCCUACAUUCGUUUGGUUAUCUAUUUUCUCUGUUUUCAUUAUCCUAUUCUUUGUUCUCCCUCUGUGUUUAUCUCUUUUGGUUUCCCAUCAUCUGCUGCAUUGUCUAUCACUCUACCGCACUCUGCUCUCUCGGUCUCCGCAA